AUGAUGGAUCCGAAAUAUAUCAUUCUUUUAUCAUUUGUAUGCUCAGCACCUUUCAAUGGUCUAAUGUUUAGUCAUGCGUCAACCGAAUCACGAUUCAUAAGGACACGUAAGGGAGUUGCAGCUAAUGUGGCCGCAUCGGCUUCGUCAAAAACGCAACCAGUACCUAUAUCAACUCAGUCAACAACAAGUAAUCGAGUUUCAACAUUUUCAUAUGACGAACCAUUAUUUACAAUAAGUGAUUCGAAUUUGUGGAGUGGUUCAUUUACAGCAGAAGAAAAACUGGUCGCUCAACUUUUAAAUCGAGGAAGUUUAACAGUUCGACCAAAUGGUUAUAUGAAUCAGUCUACAAAUCCUGUACACGUUAAUAUAACUUAUAAUGUUGUACAGAUUCUUGGAUUUAGAUGGACUGAUCCUAGAUUAACUUGGGAUCCAGAGGAGUUCGCUCAAAUUCAAGAAGUCAGUCUACCAACAACAAAUUUAUGGAUACCAGAUGUAGGCGUUAUGAAUGGAAAGGCAUCCACUGAUUUUGAUUUUAGUGCAGGUGUAAGAGGACGGGUUACUGUGAGCAAUGACGGAUCGGUUACUUGGCUACAUGGUGCAGUUCUAGACGUGACAUGCCCCCUUGAUGUAUCGUUUUUCCCGUUUGAUUAUCAAACAUGUUUUUUAAUUCUUGUCCCAUGGCAAAGUGGUGAACAACAAUUACUUUUGCAACCGUUUACACAUGGUUCAGCAGUGGAUAAUAGUUAUUUACCAAAUUCUAAUGUUAGCGAAUGGGAAAUUCAAUCAGUUCAUUUUGUACGAAAAAAAUAUCGUAGUGAUAUGAAUGUCACUUAUCAAUAUGUGAGUAUUGCUAUUCAUCUUAAACGCCAGCCAUUAUAUUUCGUUGUACUUGUUCUUGUGCCAUUUUCAAUGUUAUCUGCUUUGGCAUGUUUGAUCUUCACAUUAGAUGAUACAGGAGAUCGAUUAUCAGUUGCACUUUCUUUAGUUCUUAGUAUGACAAUGUACGUAGUGAUUGUGUCAACAAAUGCUCCUCGCUCAAUGAGAACAUUACCUGUUUUAGGUAUUUUUCUACUGGACCAACUUGGCCUCUUAAGCAUUGCAACAAUACUUGCUGUAAUGAACAAUAAAUUAUACCAAUCAACAGAACUACUCAGUUGGCAAGAUUUUAUCUAUGCAAUCUCAGGCACUGGACAAGGUAAACGACGUGGUAGUGAGCCAUACUCUGAACACGUUUAUAUUAAUAAACACAUACAUGACAAUCAUCACUAUAAUGACAGAACUAAAACUCUACGCAGUAAUACAGACAAACAAGAACCAAAAUACAAGUCUUCAUUGCAACAAACAAACCAGUCACUUGAGAAGAGUACAUCAAGACAACAGAACUAUUUUAAAAAGUACUGCAAACCAGUAAAACUUUUAACACGUAAAAGCAGCAAGACUCUUAAUCAUAAUAAUAAUAAUAAUAAUGGUAAUAGCAUUUGUAGCAAAAAUAACAAUCAAUCAAAUCGUUAUUUUUCUACUCAUCCUGAAAGUGGACAUUGCAUAAACUAUUGUGAUUCAGAAGUUAUUCUAAAUGAAACGGAUUUUAUAUCAGACGUCAAAUUUCGUCCUAUUGACCCGGACUCUGAUAGUCCAAUUGGACAAGUAAGUAAAGCAUCAAAACCUACAUUUAUGGAUACCACUAAUCCAAGUAUCAUUCAUAAUAUUAAUGCUUUUAAAAUUAAUAAUGCUGACAAUAAUAACAGCAAUAUCAGCGUUAAACAAGAUAUAACGAAGUGUCACGAUUACAGAAUGCUUCACUCGAGAUUACAUAACAGUGAAUUUUUUAAUGAUUCUUCUCAUAUUAUGAAAAAUAGACCGAAAGGAGGAGCUUUAGAAAGAUCUCCUUGGAAAGAACACUUACCAAUGUCAUAUGACCAAAUCAUGAAGCGAAAGUAUCCGAUGAAAUCAGUGUACAGGUAUGCCACAUCAGCAACUGAAAGUUCUUCAAGUGAUAAUGAGGAAGACGAUGAUAUAAACAGUGAUACAGAUGAAGUGCACAGUGACGCUUCAGAAAGAAUAUUCCGAACAACUGUAACAGCAACUGCUGCAGCUGCUUUGGCAGCUACUCGUGUCAUUGCUUCUGGUUAUAGUGUAACAAAUCAAAAUUCAUAUCAAUUAAAAUUGUGCGGAGCGAAAUCAAAUCCUAAUGCAAACAAAAGUGCUUUUCUUCACACUUCCGGUAUCUGUGAAGCAACUAAAUCAAGGAAACACACACGAAGUGCCUUACCAAUCAAAACGGAUGAAGAACAUGAUCGCAUGAAUUCGAAAUUAGCCGCUCAAGCAGCAAUUAAUGCAGCAUUCGAAGCAGCUGCACAAACUUACCAACUGAGUAAAAAAUACACCAGAUAUCAUAAUCAUCGUCAUUCAUAUCAUUUUUCAUCGUCCAAGUGUAAGAAACGCCAUAAACAAAGCUUACUUAAUAAUAAUAACGGUAGUCAUAGUCACAUUGAUUACCUCACAGAAUUGAAUCCAUAUCCGUACCGUAAAUUGGCUUCACGUUUAGACUGUAUACAAAUGAUCACUUAUCUAUUCUUAUCAACGAUAAAUGCCAUUGCUUGUCUUAUACUUAUGCCUAAAUACUCACAAGAUUCUAAUCCCCCAGCCCAUUUAAUCUCGUAA